CAGCAGGAGAGGAGAGGAUUUCAAGAGAGAAAGAUUCAGAUCAAUGGCGACCACCCAAUUUAUGACUUGCUGCGCUCACUCCCAAUGGAAGAAGAGGAGCAAUAUCACUCCGCUCAAACUCAAUCUUCCUUUUGCCCAUUUCUCCAUGGGUUUUGGUUCAGCAGUCAAAACUCCGGGGUACAUUUUAAAGUUCAGACCUUUUAGGGCAUCCAAUGAUGCCAGGCCAAGAACUUCUGGCUUGAUGAACAUGGCUGCUGCUGCUUCUGGGGAAUCAAACGAAAGAGGGGGGAUUUUAAAUUUAGAUGAAAUAUCGGGCAAGCUUAGAAAACUGUGGGAUAAUUCUCCUCAGCCUGUCAAAAUCUUCCCAUGGAACAGUGUUCUUGACAACCUCAUUCACCUCAUCCUUGACAUUCUGUUGUCUGUUGUCAAGUUAUUAUGUGUGCCUCUACUUGUAGUUUCCUCGUUGAGCGAGUUUUCUUAUUGUGCACAUGAACACAAGAGUUUUCUCAUCCCGUUCCCAUUUCUGGCUGGUGUCUCUGUUGCUGGGAUCUUAAAUUAUGCUGCUCUUGAAUCAUCUCCGUCUCUCAAGAGGGCCGAAGUUCCAUGGCAUUUGAUAGCCAUUGCAGUUGUGUUCACUCUCCUGAAGUUGCCCGGACCAUAUUACCCAUAUUGGGGUCGUAUUUUAAUCCCACAUUUUGCAAACGGGGCAUUAUGUAGAACGGUAUGGCUCUUUUUCCUGUGGUACCGAAGUCCAUCAAGAGAAGAAGCCCUGCCUCGACCUGCGCUCGCUCCUUCUCAACACAACAUGCUUUAGCUUUAUAACAUUAACACUCUUUUUAUGAGUUUAGUGACAAAGUUGCAUUUUAUGAGUUUAGUUUUCAUGUGAAAUUUCACAUGUUUCCAAGAGACAUUUCCUGAGAAGGGGGGCUAACUGACAAUUGUAAAGUAGAGUAGUUUCUUUCAUGGAUUUCUUCAUGCAUUUUACUGACACCU